AUGAGGCCGACUCGAACUCCGAGAGAAGAGGAGGAGAUGUGGAGCGAGCGGCCAGAUCAAUCAGUCACAGAGGGGUAAACGACAAAAACAGCAGGAGAAGAGCUGAAGGUCAACCUCAAGGUCGCUCUGUUCCUCUACGGUCGGAAGAGAAGAUGACGACUGAUUCAGAUGUUUGAUUGAACCGUAGAGAACUGAUAAAACCCACGAGGAUCAAAGACCUCAGCGGUGAGGACUCUUCAACCGCUCAGUGAAAUGAAUAAGAACGAUUUCAAAGUAACGCUAAAGGUCUGAAGUCUUUCAUCUUCCUGUCUGUUAUCGUUAAUCUGAAAAGAACGCGGGGCAUCUGUAGAGCCGGACGAGGGGGUGGAGAGGAGCUGAUGAGAAUGACGAUGCUGAAGGAGAGCAUGUUGCCACCUACCGCUACUGCAAGAAUAACACUGAUUGUUGGUAUUUUGCUGAACAGCUUGUCUGUCAAUCAAUCAAUCAAUCAAUCAAUCAAUUUUUAUAGCGCCAAUUCACAACAGUUGUCAUCCCAAGAUGCUUCCCAAAGAAAAAGAGCCGGUCUAGACCACGUCUGUGUAAUUGCACAAGAUAAUAUGUCUGUAUAUUUUGGGUUACAAUUAAACCUCAUUAUGACCUCGACAUCUGGUGCAAUCAGAUUUGUUAUGCUAGCAUCAUCUGUGGUGACAAACCAACCAAACUAGCUUAUUUUUGUAUCUUGUGUUUUUUUUUAUCUUGUGUUGUCUAAAACAACAAUUUAUUUGGUUUUCUGGUUCUUUAACAACAGAUUUUGAUCAUUAUUGUGUUUUUCCUGGAAAAACCCCACCAUGAACCAAACACCCAAGACCAUUCUGCCUAAGACAACAUUAGCCACUAGCUGUCGGACUUUGUUGACCUUUUUGUGUUUUUCUUCAGCAGUUGGUGGAGACCAAAACCGAGCCAAGGGAGACCAAAAUCCAUGACCCUUAACAUGAUCCAAAGUGAUUUAUAAUGUUUUUUUAUAUAUAUGAAUGAUGGCUGAUGUUUAAUGAUAAAAUCAGAAGGCAAGCUGAAUUCUGCUGCCCCCUUGUGGCAAAGAAAGUAACUGCAGCUUUGAACUAUUUUGUUAGAAUAUUAAAAUGUUUUAAUUUUGUUGGGCAACUAGGUCCCUAAAGUUCCUUUAUAAUCAAGCAUGAAUCACUUUUUAAUGGUUUUUCAGUUAAUUUUCUUCGACAGCAGAGAAAUCAAACCCAAUCAGCAGAUCAGAUGACACUUGACCCGCCCUUUAAAGUGAUUGGCGUGCCUAUUGUUUAAAACAGUGAUGUGAAGUGACCUCGGUUUAAAUUGGAAAGUGUUGUUUGAGUGACAUUAUUGCACCCAGCCCUUGAGAAACACUCUGUAUUGUCACAUCCUGCUCUGUGUGUAGCUGUUGGCAUGUCUGUGUGACACAGCAGCCAGAGUUUAAUCAUAAAACAAACAUUUCAACGCUGAUUGUUCUCCAUGCGCUCCUCCUGCUAACCUUUUCACUGGCAGCAGUACAAAACAAAGUCCUCAGUUGCACUAAACGGCCUGUUUACACUCAAAGGUAUUUAUCUGUUUGACUGACCCGAGGCGUGCCAAAAACCCCCACAGACCACACAUGGAUAUUUGAUUUUUCAGUGGAUAAAACACGGGGGGAGAGAACUUAUCAUCAGCCGUCCAGUGUGGCAUUGUUUGGUGGAGAACAGGUGCUCCUGUACCGCCACGUCAGAGUGAUUGCUAACACGGCGACCUUGGUUCAAGACUGAUUUAAAGCUUGAUGUCAGGAAGAGGUCAGCACAGAUGGAGGUAAACACGCAGAUCUUGACCAAUGAAUCUCAGCUGUUCAGAGACGACAACACGGGUUUAAGAUGUGUCUGAACGAGGAAAGAUGCUUUUGGAGGCUGAGCUCAGACUGAAAAAAUCUGUAUUUUAUCACAGAGUCAUUUAUUUGAUGUGUAUUUUAAUUUUCAGGUUUUGAAAUGUCACAUCUGUUCGCAUGGAGGAGGAAAUCUUUUGUCUAUAUUACAGCCAGCCAGCAGGGGGAGCUCCAAAUACUUCACCUUUACACACUUUUACUAGAAUAUGCGCAUCCGCAAAAUUCUGAAAGUUUUAAUGAACUGCAAAAAUUAAAAAAAGGUUUUAUGUUAAUGUGAAUUACCUUCACAGCGUUUCAUGUUAACAUUUCAGCGAUGAUAGGGAGGUCUUAUGCUGCGUUCGAGUUACUACAGAAGUCAGAAGUUGGAGCUGAAAAUGACGUCACACUCAAGUUCCCAGCGUUUCAUGUCGCAAAAAAGCAAAUCAGAGGUCAGAGGUCGCUAAGAACAAAGUCAGAAUUCUGUAAAAAAAAAGAAAAAAAAAAUCUUUGGACAUGGUCAUUUUUUUAAGAAUAAAGUCAAAAUUUUGACCUAAAGCUUUGAAUAAAAAAAAAAAAAUUAGGAUUCUUAUAAAAAGUUCUGAGUCAGAAUUCUGACCUGUACUUUGGCCGAUUUUGUUUUUUUCAGCUCUUUAAGCUAAGCUAGGCUAACUGAGCGUCGGUCGUAACCCCUGCAGAGUUGAGUUAAUUGUAUCAAUGUCCUUAUCUAACUUUUAAUAAGUAUAACACAUUCUUUUUAUUUUUUACAAAUACUUUACCAAAUUUCUAACAAUUGGGCUAAAAAAUAUCUCUAUGAUUGAAUUUCUUAUUUUCAUAGCGGUGUUAAAUACAAUUAUAAUGCGACAAAAAUAGUAUCUCUGACUUUAAUAAUCCAUGUUUUAGAUUUUGCUGUUGCAUUUACCAGCCUCUCAUCAAUAUUGCAGUGCUGCGUUGGCCAAUUUCCUGAAAAUCGAGCAAUUUCGGUGUUCAUGUUUGACUUCGCAUCAGGCUCAAAAACGGUGUUUCUGCUACGUCACCUGAAAGCCUUUUAAUCCACUGAGGCCGCACAGCUGGUUGGCCAAGAUAAGCGAUGACCAGUGAUGUAUAACUGUGAGCAGCAUGUCUUUGGCUCUUUUCUGCAAAUACCGUUUAUGUUUUCAUGAAGUAAAAAGUCGUUUCUUAAAAAAAAACGUUGGAUUUCCUUCUGACAGUAUUCAAAAUGGUGAUUUCAACAGCGCCACAGUAAGUAAAUGUGCGUCAGUGAGACGGGGUGGAACAAAUAUCUGUCUCACCCUGCAUGACAAAGGCCAGGGCCUGAGGAUCAUUAUGUAAGGUGGUUAAUUUAGGGCCAUGGAGGGAUUUUCAACUGCAGACUAUGAUGCAGAUCGCAUAUUAAGCGAGUAUUAGGCCGUGGAAAAAACUGGAUUCUUAUCUGUGGAAAAAUAAUUUUGCAUGGAAAACUAAAAAGCAUCACUAUAAUGAAGAAUUAAAACAACUUUUAGUAAAAAUCCUCCUCAUUCAGCGACAUUAAUGGUGUUAAAAUAAAGGAUUCAAUGCCGGGGUGGCCUCUCAUGAGUGGAAACUCAUUAGUGUUUUGGUUUUCCUUUCUAAAUGCAGCUGGGAAGCUCACACAGGAAACAGUUCGGUCAUCCAACAGCAACACAAACGAGUGUAUGUGUGUCACUCGGGGAAAGUAUGAGCUGACUUACAUAACCGCAGAGACGAUGAGUGAUGGUCUGGUUCUCAGCGGCUCUGCUCUGGAUUUGGAAUACAGUGCAGCACAGUGUCAGCGAGGAUUACGUGUGUCAUGUUUAUUUCCCCCUCUGUUCCUGCAGAAAGGAGCUCAUUACGGAUUCCAGCAUGGAGGGGAGAAUUAUGCAAGUUCAAUACUUCAAGGUUAAAGGGGGACGAGAGGCGGCAUCGAGGCCUGGGGGGGAAAUAGAGGAACGUGGAAGAAGAAAAAUAAGAGUUUUUAGAAUUAUAAAGAAAUAUUUGAACAUAUCAGUCUUUAUUUAUAUAACGUUUUUCAUACACAACCAUGUAGCUCAAAGUGCUUUACACAGAAAAAAGGAAUAAAAGAAACAAAGAAUACCCAAAUAAAUCCAACCCAGGAAUAAAAGAACCCAGGGUUAAAAUCUAACAACAAAGUAACAUAGCAUGAGAUUUAAAAAAUAUUAAAUAAUAUGAAAUAAAAACAACAUUAAAAGAUACUAAAAUAAGAGCACCAAAAUAGCUCAGUAAAAGACGAUCCUGUCAUUAAAACCAGAAAUAAACAAAUGUUAAAACACUAAAAAUUAUUAAAAAUAUUGAGUAAAGAACCCCUAAUGUAAACAGUUCAUCAUACUAAUGACACCACAGUUAAAUAACACUCUUAAGUGUUUGAACUUUUAAUAAAGAGUAAGUUUAUACAGCUUAUUUGGAGUAAAAUAAAACUUUUUAAGAGUAAUUGUACUUUUUUAUUGCAAUAAAUAUUCUGUCACAACGAAUCGUUUGAACGAAUCGUUUGCGAACAACACAACACUAAUCUGACAGUGCACAUAUGAUUUUAGCUUUUGCUUUAUUAGAUUCUGAUCUUAAUUUAGUCAAUUUAAUUUUCAAUUUUAAUUUUGUUGAAAUAAAGGUUCCUGACAAAGUCAAAAAAGCGAAUAUAAGUGGUUCUUUUAAGCGUUUAAAAACAAAAACGGUCGGUGCAGACCCUAACACAGGAGGAGGGUUAACAGAAAUUAUUAUUACAGCUUUUAUUUAUUUAUUUUUAUCCUUUUUUCACAUGGCACUGAAAAGGUCAACCUUACGGAGCCCCGUGAGGGACAGAAGAGCAAUCUCUCAGGGGUACCGUGGCAGAAAAGUUGGCAAGCUCUCCGGGCCUGUGACUGACAGUAAAUCAAACAUUCCUCCGGGAGACAAGGGGACCCGGACCCCAUCCUUUUGACCCCCUUAAAGGAGCCCAGAACCGGAGUUUGGACCACACAUGUCUCCCUUAUCGAAGCUCUUACUGUUACAACUCCUCUAAGUGGCAUUUUUUCGCAAUUUUUGGCGCUUGUUAACUCCAGGUGCGUUUGUUUACCUGCUGGUUUCGCGCUAGGCUCGGUUCCACUAGCUGAACACGGCUGGACUGUACCAUUGUGGGGUCUUAGCAGAGGGGGGGGACGAGGACUCAAGCGCGGUAAUAUCGAGUCAACAGAAGGUUUUGUCGAAAUGUUAGCAAAAUCAGCGCGUGUAGGAGACAAUUUUACACAUUUUUAGACGAUAAUAAACGAUUAAAAUCGAGUAAAUCGUUGUAUUACGAGCUAACAACUUUCCACAACCACCCUUAAAACUUCCACCGCCUCCCUUUUUCUCGCAUUUUGAUUGACCGCUCCAUAUUUUUCCCUCUGUGCUGAAUUUUCCUCCUGCUGGAGAAAGCCGAAAAAAACACACAACACAGACUGGAGGGGAAACUGAGAGCGAAGAAAAGAGGCACAGCGGAAAAAUAAAAGGAGGUUGGAGGACGAAGUGAAAAAAAUAAGCGGAGAAUUGCGGGAAGAUUGGAGGAACAGGUUUGGAGAUAGAGAGAGAGAGAGAGAGCAAGCAAGUGGAGCCGGAGACUUGCGAAUAUAUUUUUAGAAGUGCUCGCUUUUUGGUGUGAAGAUUUUUGAUUCCCCAUCUGAAGAAUAAAAGGUGAGUGUGUCCUGUUUGUGAUUCUUGAAGGAGAAUAAAGCUGUUUUUGUAUUUUGGGGGGUGUUUUCGUUCAGGGAAAGUCAGGGAGUUGCCUGUUCAGAUUUGGAGAGUCGUGCAACAAGAUAUUAAAACAGGAGAAAUGUGUUUUUUCUGCAGGGGGAUGCAAGGUGGUCUCUCUCUCUCUUUUUUUUUUUUUUUGCAUGAUGUCAAAGUCCUCCCUGAUGAAAUCCACAAACCCUGCAAGACAUUCAUCCGCAGAAUAAAUCAGAAUAAACCCAUCUGGUUGUUGUUUUUUUUGCAUGCACAUGACCUGGAUAAGUGUCUGAUGGAGAGGGUGCAUGUUAUUGACGCGCACAUGUGGCAUAGCCAGCGGGGUCUUUGUUUCUCCCCCCACACCCCUAUACCCUCCCCUUUCCCCCCCUAUUAUAGCCGACCCAGGCAUGACAGCUCAAUGGCCAAAUAUAGGCCAAUAUUGACGUGUUUGUGUCGCAUGAACUUGAAUCAUACAUGAACCUGACCACCACCCUCCCCCCCUUACCAUUCCACACUCCAUCCAACCAACCGGUGCGUCUUUGCUACUCCUUUGUUUGUGGGUGUCUCUACUUAAAAAUGCAGAAUUUUUAUGGUUGGAUAUUUGUGAUAUUUUGUGGAUAGAGAGUUUGAGGUUGGUAAAAAAAGGGGGAGGAUGUGAGGGGUGUUUUGGCUCUUGGCGCCAGACUAGGGGGUAUUAAUGUGUGUCAAUGUCAAAUGGAGGUGUGUCCCCCUGUGUGUGCGCUCAGUGGCCCCCUCUCUGGCUCGGAUGAAGCGUGAGAAGAAAUGCGAAAAAGGUGCAGCGUCGCCUCCUCGUAUGGAAUCUAUGCGAGCGAAAAGGGCGAAAUGUUACGCGUCUGUGCGUCGUGCCAGACCAAGGACGCGCAUAUGCACAUAGACAAACACGCACCGGCACGUCUCUCAUAUGGCUACACACUGCUCUCUCACACACACACAGAGACAGGUUUUGCGCCGUGUACGCGCACGCGCAGAUUCCGUGAGUCAUAGCGCAUUUGGAGACUCGCGGCCUCGCUGCUCUUUGAGUGAAGUGGAGCCCCUGCUGAUAACACGCAGCCAGGCUCUGAAGACAUUGUUCCAAGAUUGUGUGUUUGGAUGUACAAGGGAUGCAUGGCGCGCGAGGAGGCACGCGCGUACAGGCCAACCACAGAAAUACACACACAUGCUUACACACUUACACACACACACGGGCACAAACUGUCUUUGUUGGUCAGAAAGCUGCUGGGUGUGGUGUCAGAAAUCCUGUUUUCUUAUUUUAGUGGCAGCAUUCAAGUGUUACAGGAAUAAAAGACCCAGGACUGAACCUCCAGGGGGAUAUUAAAGGGUCAGUUCACCCAAAUUGAAGCACUUACACACAAAUAGUUGUUUGAUUCACUGCUGAUGUUUUGAAAUAGGGCAGCUUGAAAAUCAAAAUCAGGGUUAUUUUGACUUAAAGGGAUAUUCCAGUGUAAACACAACUCACCUACUCUCUUCCAGCAACUGUUUGUUUGUAGCGAGACCUCAGACGAGUUCAUUACAGACUGCAACGGGGUUUCGCGGCUCAAGGAAGAACAUUUAUGAUCAUUUCUUUAUCAUUUCCUUGAAGUAAUAAUCACCAUAUUAAUCAUUUUUCACUGCAGACGCGGUAGUUCUUCUGCCUUUGCGUCUCGGUCUGAUUGCAUUUCCAUGAAGAAAUGAUCAGAAAUGUUCUUCCUUGAGCUGUGUCACCCCGCUGUAGUCCGUAAUGGACUGGCCUGAGGUCACGCUACAAACAAGCGGCUGCUGGAAGAGAGUAGGUGAGUUGUGUUUAGUCUCCACCAAAGAUUGGUUUGGUGGCUAGUACUAUGGCUUGGACCCUUUAUGUCCUGUUGAUGAAGUUAGGUGCUGUUCUGAGCAUUAUUUGUGGCUAUAGAGUGGCGCUUUGGUUGAGGUUUGUUUAUGGCUCCUCAGACCGCUGUGUAUUGCUAUCUUGCGGUCGUUACUAAAGUUGGUAUAACUAGAGAAGCAAGCGGUCUGCAACAUUCAUCUCUCAAGGGGGUGUCUAACUUGGUGUUACGGUGUGUUUGACCCUUAAUUAAUUUUAUGCCGGAAUAUCCCUUUAAAUUGAUAUCAUGAUUGCAAAAAAGGAUUACCCUUGAUUUGACACCUGCAUCAUCCGCAUUUAAGCAACUUAAAACCUCUUUAAAACUGUUAACUCUUUUUACUGUCUUUCUCUCCGGCCGUGCUCACUCCGUCCCUUGGCUUUUCAGACUCUUAUAUUUACACACAACUGCCUUCUCCUACUCCUCUCCCUGCUCUUCUCUCUCCACUUGUGGCUGUUUAAUAGUUUGUACCAGUGUUGCACAACAUGUUGUAGUAGACCGACUUCUUCAUGGCUCCAAACUUGAGAGUGUGAGAGUUGUUUAAGGGGAGGGGUCAAGCCGUGCUCUCCUGUUGAGAGAGAGAGAGGAUGUACUUUAUCUGUAUGAUUAAAUAUGAUUAAAAUGACUUUUCUGUACAGUUUGUACAGAUAGAGAAAUGAGUCACUGAGACUAAACCCCAGACUGUAACCACGUCAAUUUCUACUUUAACAUGGAUCCCAAUGAGUAUUCUCGGCUUUUGGAUCCGGUCUUGAGCAGAUCCUCAAGGAACUGCAGUUUUUGACCCUUCCUGCUGGCUCCAUUUUCAAAGUUGCCACUUCGACUAGAGUCUAAUUCGCCCAUAAGUUCUUCAUAUUUUGUCUUUGGCUCCAGCAAAUAACCAUUCAACUAGCUUGGGCGCUAGCUCUGCUAAUGGUAGCCAUGCUUAUUAAACUAAUUUGAUGUUGACUAUCUUCAGGUUUGGAGUUCCUAUUAGUAAUUGAUGACAUUUGGGAAUAUCAUGAUAUCGCUGUGUUUUGUUAUGUCUGUGUCAUCAACAUUGAAAAUUUUUUGACCAUAAACAAAGCCGUUCUCCGCCUCCCCUAACCUGAUUGGUUGUGAGGCGGAUGCUGCUCCUUAGUGCUGAUUGGUUGUGAGGUAGAAGCUGCUCCCCUUUGUCGUUUACAAGCCCAAAGAAAGUUAGCGUGCUACAAUAUCGGACAGUAGAAAACCAACCAGAAAGUACAGGAAAUUGCCUGAAUCCUUCUUUGGCCACGACCACCAACACAAGCAAGAAAUACCAGAGACUCUGGCGGAAUAACGGGGCGCUCAAAACGGAGGUAGACCGGACAAGAGCUAAAAACAACGGGUCAACAUCAUCUUAAACAACAGGGAAGCUGUGUUUACAUUCAAGAUGUCUCCCGAAAACUGGCGCUUCCUCAGAUCCUGCCUACCUACCCCACCUUUAAUCGAUGUUUCCUUAUCUUCAGACUUAUUAAGUUUGUGCAGCAUAUUCCUACUGAUGACCUCAAUACUAAUCUAUGAGGGGGAACAGGUUUGAAUACAUUAAUUUUACAUGAUGUUUUACAUGAUUGUAAGACAUGCCUAUUUACAGUAAAGAACUGUAAGUUAGUUAGUACAGCAGCACCAGGACCAUCCCUCUGCUUUCACAGGAACAGAUCAAUAAUUAAACAAACACUCUCCACCAUGACCCUUGAGUAGAUUUCGAUGUACUUAUAAGGAAACUCGGGAUAUUGACUUUAAAUAGCUGUUUGGACAUCAUCGUUCUCCUUCAACACAAACACUGCUGACGUUUAUAGAGCUUCUGUCUCCGUGUUCCAGAGCUUAUCAUGUCAGUGGGAGGACUACUUCUGGACUUCAAAGACCGUCCCUCGACUCAGCUCCGGCGUUAGAUAUUACAAAUCACGGGGUAUUUAUAGAGGUCACGAGAACAAAUUGUUCAGCUGUGCUUGUCGUCUUUUAAUUUGAUUAGGAGUGGAGCUGCAGAACCAAAUCUUGUGUGACACACCAGUAAAGUCUAGACGUCUUGAGGACUUAUAGAGUCCUGAAUGUGGAGAGAAAUGAAAAAACAGACUCAUGAUUGAUUGGGGGGACAAAGACUUCAGUCCACUCAUAAAUCAAGGUCCAGAAAGUUCUCGGAAUCGCUGAGACAUCAUUAAAAAAAACGAGUUUGUAGUGAGGAUGCUGUGAUUUUCAAUGAAGAGGGCUGUUUGUGCCCGACACUGGAGGUUUGUGGAGUCUGAUGUUUUUCAGAGGAACAGCCGUCGUCUGAUCUGGAAAUACAUCCCCAAGUGUUUGUGAGCGGGCCAGACAAAUAAUCCGAGAGAUCAGCUUGUUCACAUCUCUAAACUGUGGGUCUCUGGAGUCUUUGAAGGGUUGCAGACAAAUCCAGAUCAGAAAUUUAUAGUUAAAAAGUUUGAAUUUUCUCUGAGUAGUUUGUUAGUUUGUCCUCGAAUAAACUCCGGCUGAGGAUGAUCCUGUUUGUUAACCCGUAUGGCUUUUUCAUUGCCUCUGCACCGUUGACCUCGUUGCUAUGGGUGUUAUUGACCAACGUGGCCUCAUUAGUAGACCUGCCACUAUCGGACAUCGUCGUGUUCAUUCGGAUCGUCAGUGACAGUUUGACCUUUUGCUUUCCAGACAGAGUCAAAUGUGUCCAAAGGGUUGCCAUGUUGUUGUUUUUUUUAGAUUGAAUCUGUCAAACACAGGAAACGGUUUCGGAAAAUGCCGAACUCUCAAACUUUUGAUGCUCAUAUUUUUCACUCAGUUUGGUUGGGAAGUAAAUUUGUUACCGUGGCAAUUUUAUGAAUCAAGAACAGAAGUUUGGUUAGUUUGGAGAUCUUGUAGGGGUGUGAGAAAAGAUCGAUACAUCAUAGUAUUGCGAUAUUUUGUCAGGUGAUAUAUCCUAUUGUCUCAUUUCCCAAAUACCAAUUUUUCAAAUUAAUUGAUGAUAUGAAGUCAAAUCUAUGACAAUGGAAAAAUGAAAUCAACUGUAUGUCCAGUGAAGUUGGCAGAGGUGACAUUUUUACAAUAUCCAGUUCGAGAUUUAAGUUGAAAUUUCAAGAUUAAGAUCAAGAUGUUUAAAAAUAAAAAAAUUUGACCUUAUUUAUUGUGACUUUAAUCUCGAAAUUUUGACUUUAAUCUCAAAAUGAAAAUUUUUUAAGUCUCAAAAUUUCAACAUUAUUCACAACAUUUUGUAAAUCUCGAAAUUUCGACGUUAAUCUCGACAUUUAAAAAUUUUUAUCUUGAAAUUUUGACUUUAUUGACAUGAUUUUUGAGUUUUUUAAUUUCAAAAUUUCGAUUUGGAUCUCAAAGUUUUGACUUUAAUCUCCUUCCUGUAAUUUUUUUCUCUUCAUAUGGCUCUAAUCCUCUUUCGUAGGUUUGCAAGAUGUGCUACAUGACAAUAAAACAUUGUGUAAUUUAGACAAAAAUAAAGGAAAGCAAAAUGCUAAAUAAGACAAACAUUUGAAAAAUGUUAAAAAUCGCAAAAAUAUCGUAUUGUGGCCCAAGUAUCAUGAUAAUAUCGUAUCGUGGCCCAAGUAUCGUGAUAAUAUAUCGUGGCCCAAGUAUCAUGAUAAUAUCGUAUUGUGGCCCAAGUAUUGUGAUAAUAUAUCGUGGCCCAAGUAUCGUGAUAAUAUCAUAUCGUGGCCCAAGUAUCGUGAUAAUAUCGUAUUGUGGCCCAAGUAUUGUGAUAAUAUAUCGUGGCCCAAGUAUCGUGAUAAUAUCAUAUCGUGGCCCAAGUAUCGUGAUAAUAUCGUAUUGUGGGGUCACUAUCAAUCCCCCCCUAAGAUCUUGUUGAAAAUGUUGAACCUUCCUCUGCGAUUGUGAAGAAGGGGGAACUUACUCAAGCUCAUUCUGACUGUCACCUCGCCUGUUGACUCUCCCAAUAUUAACAUUUACUCCUGCUGUGUUUGCGGAUCCAUCAGGGGAAGACGAUAUGCCUGAGCUGUCAGGAUGGCCCAUUUGUCCGGCGUUGAGGUGUUGGAAGUUCAAAUAACCGUUUAUUUGAGUCAUUUCUCGACGGAAAAUCCUGGUUUUAUCAAUCAGGCCAGUUUACGACAUAAAACUAAGGAAUGGAGUCACUAAUUCGGCUUUAAAUGUAGAGAAAUGAUCUGUGGCGUUCAGAUCUAACAGCUGCCAGAGCCCUGAAGUCUGUGAUUAAAGUGUUGAGAGGUAGAUUUAUGUGUAAACUAGGCCAAUAAACAGCUAUUAUUGGAAGAGCAGCUUCAGAGGUGGAUUCUGGUCCUAGAAUAACAUGGAAUCAAAUGCUGUUGUCGUCUUAAAAUAGUCUUUGUUGUGAAAUCAACGUGCCGCUGACGGUUUUGCACAACCUCCAGUCCGAGUUCAUGUGAACUCGCAGGUGUUGUGACAGGAAGCCUGCAUUUACAGCCGCGACCUGAUGAGAUGUGAAGUGUUUCUGUUGGAAGUGGACCGCGUUUGAUGGCGUUAUCGAGCUGAUGUUUUCCUGCGUGGGCGUAAAUGCCUCUCUAGAGUUGGAGUUCUUUUCACUGUUUGAUUACAGCCGCUCGUUUACUUUGGAUGGAAGCAGAUCAAAUAGGUGUAAAGUACCACUUUAAAGCUGCACUGAGUAAUAUUAUUAUUCUAAAAAAAAUGGAUUAAAGGACAUCGUGUAAUUUAACGUACAGGCAACACAGCACAUUCAGUCUCUGUUAUCAUAUUUUCAUAAUUGCAAGGGGUAAAUUUAUUAUUGAAAUUAAAACCUGAUUAACCGCUCGGCUCUAAUUUCAGCGCGCUCCAGCCAAACAAUCGGCUAAUGUUUUCCAGUCCACAAACUCGGCAAUAAACAACCUCAAUGAGUCAGAAAGCUCUUCUCCUUAUUUUAGGAGAAUGUAAAGGGAAAAGAAAGUAAACUAUCAAGACCGCAAAGGUUUGAUGUUAAAUAUUAGUCAUUUUUUCCAUGAGUUACAUUGAUAAAAACAAAAGAAGCCUCCCUCCCUGUCCUCCCGUCUUCACACGCCUCAGUAGUACUCUGUUCGGCCCACCUGAGUGCAGCUGCUGUGACUAACACCGUCUAAUGUUGCACCUCUGCCUGUUGGCUCCAGCAGAAACAUUGAUUCAUCUCUGUUGACAGUAGAUUCAGCUCAGUGUGUUAAAAACCCGGCAAACAGGACAGGAGCGACCGGCACAAACGCAAAACAAACAUUGAAAUUUGUGCUCACGGGCUAUUAAAAAGGAGUCGCUGGAUGGAAACCAAAGCAGAGCAAACAAAGCUUAAAGUGUUUUUUUUUUUUUUAACACUCUCAGUCUGAUCUGCAUCUCUGGCUGGAUUAAUAGGAUGGUAAUUCAAUUUUGAUAAUAGCUUAUGAAGAAGAAAAUGACAUCAAAUCUCAUUAUGGACAGUAAUCCAUGAAAAUUGGGGAGCUGUUGACUGAUUUUUUAAAUUUGUGGUUGUGGCUGUGAAUUUCAAGAGGAAGAAACAGCUGAAAAUGAAGAAAGGAAAGACAAGCAGAGUGCAUCGUUUCCAAAUCUGUAUGUUGUAGGGUCCAUAAUGAAAAUGUACAUAAAACUGUUAAUUUGGUGUGUUGCAUUGCCAAAGGAUGUAUAGUGAAUAGACGAUUAUGUAAAGUGCACAAUUAAGAAUGUAUGGUGCACUGUGUAUAAUGAAAGCGCACAGAGUGAAAGGCACAUUACAAGAAAGACCAUGUAUAUCCCAUGGUUGAUAAUGUAUAUUGCAAAGUAAAAAUAUAGCACAGAAUGAAAUAUUCAUUUAUAUUUAGAAAUUGAUAAUGCACAGUAGAUAAUGAAAAGGUAUAUCCCAUAGACAGUUAUGUCUGGUGCACGUGGUCGACAAUGUAUCAGUGCAGAAAAAAAACAUAUUUUGCAUAGAUAAUGUAAAUCACACAAUAUAGAUGUAUAUUCCCCAGAUGAUAAUGUAUAUCACACUCUGGAACUUUCAAAUGCUUUAUCUGACCCACUGCAAAAAUCAUGUUUUUUUGCAGUAGAUAAUGUAUAAUUCCAAAUAAAGAUGCAUUUUUCAUAGAGGAUGAUGAAUAUGGCACAUUUAAGAAUAUUAAUAUAUAAAACACUCAGUAGAUGUGAUUGAUAAUGUAUAUUGCAUAGUAAAGGAAAAUUGAACUGUGCAUUCGAUAAAGUGAAUGAUUAUGUAUGUUAUUAUAGAUUAUUGUAUAAUGCAGAGCUGAUCGUAUGGUACAGUGAAAAACGAAGACUGCAGGAAUGAAGUAUUGCAUCUUUGAUAAUGUAUGUUGCACAGUAGAGAAUACAUAGCGGAUAAUGUAUGCUGCAUAGUAAAUGAAAAAUCAAACUGUGCAUUUGAUAAUGUAUAUGAUUGAUUAUGUAUGUUGCACAGUAAAGAUUGCGUGGCUGAUAAUGUAAAUUGCAUAGUAACGAAAAGAAACUGCAUUCAAUAACUUAUAUGAGUGAUUAUGUAUGUCACAAAGAAUAAUGUAUAAAGCAGAGUUGAUCAUAAAUAUGUCACAGUAAAGAAUGAAUGCUGCAAGAAUGAAGUAUUACACAGUUGAUAAUGUACGUUGCACAGUAAAAUUAAAUCGAACUGUGCAUUUGAUAAUGUGAAUGAUUGAUUAUGUAUUUUGCAAAGAUAAUGUAUAAUGCAGAGUUUAUCAUCAGUAUGUUAUAGUGAAAAACAGAUAAUUCAGGAAUAAAGUAUUGCAUAGUUGACAAUAUAUGUUGCAUAGUAGAGAAAACAUGAUUGAUAAUGUAUGGUAAAGAAACAUCUGUGCAUUUGAAAAUGUAUAUGAUUGAUUAUUUAUGUUGCAAAGAUUCUUGUUUAAUGUGGAAUUGAUCAUAAAUAUGAAAUAAAGUAUUGCACAGUUGAUAAUGUAUAUUGCACAGUGGAGAAUACAUGGCUGAUAAUGUAUGUUGCAAAAAGCUAACAAUGUUCAUUGCAUCGAAUAAAAAUAAUAUUGUGCAUGCAUGAGAUAAUGCACAUGGCAGAUGAUGUAUAUUGCACAGCUGUAUAUGUGUAUGUCUCAGUUAAAUGUAUAUUGGAUAGAUAACAGGCUGAUAAUGUAUGCAGCUUGUGAUGUUGCGCAGUAAAAUAUGAACUUCACGUUGCAAUAUGACAGGAUUUUCCUUUUUUAAACAUGGCAGCAGUCUUGGCGGUUAUCUGGAUAAGACUGUAUAGCUGCUGCGGCGGCGUUCUCCAGUCCAGGUUUUUGUAACGUGAGCUCGGAUGUAUUUUUACUUCUCGUUGAGGAAGAAGAAGAGCGCUGAUGGCUGAGUGUGUGGGUGCUCCAGAUCCAGAUCAGUCUCGUCUCUAUAAAUUCUGCCCGUGCAAGUGUGUGAGUGUGUGUUUUUUUAUCAUAAUUAUCAUCAUGAAAGCCUUGGCCGGUUGGAGUGUCUGGUGCAUAUUAGACAGGAAGGAUGAAAAUGUGGGUUUUUCGUUUUUUUUGAAACACUGUGUAGGUGUACCGAAGAGUAAGUCUCUCAGCAUCUGGGUCAGUGCGUAUGGAUUUUAUACUGUGUAGGUGUGAUACGCUGGCAUCUAGAGCGGCGUAUGUGUGUUUAAGUGUGCGUUUGUGUGUUUGUGGGUGCUCUGCUCGGUGGUUUGCCUGAUGGCGAGAGGCCAGUUCGAGAUAGGCCAGCCUGCACAAUGCCCUGUCUGUUCCCACAAGUCCGAACAGCCCUUCACAACACCCUAUUUAUAGACAAACACUCCAGCCUAACUCCAUUCAUAUUUCUCAGGUGGGAUGUGUGGACCGGAUCGCGCAGAUGUGUCUCUGCGUGGCGCAAAUUUCACACCCCGUGAUUCUGGUUCAAAGUGACCCAAAUGUACCCGGGAGUCUGGCGCUGUCAGGGGUGACGGCUCGCAAUGUGUGUGUUUUAGCAUUCCACAGCGUACACUUACAUAAUCAGGAGUGUUUGUCAAUAGAUCCACAGGCGCAGGAAGAGCUGAGCGGGGCAGAAAAUAAACAGCAAAAACAUGCUAGCAGGGGUGACGUUCAACCCCCCGCUGCUGCGAACAAUAUCCAUGUGAAGUGUUUUUAUAUGGAGGAGAUUGUCUGCAGUUGUGUCGCAGAUCUCCUAGCAACACAGGCUGGGAAAAAUGGCUGUAGGCUAGUGAUGGAUAAAUAUGUAAGUGGAGGGAAAUGACUUCCUGAUACAGAGAAGUUACAGGUGCAGUGAACACAAGUGAUACCUGGGCAAAGAUAACUUUAGACUUUUAAGCUCCUGUGGGGACCUUUUGGUUUGUGCAAGUUGGUGUAAAUUUCAUUUGUCUCUUUGUUGAUUUAAAGAUAGGGUAGGCAGGAUCUGAGGAAGUGCCAGUUUUUAGGAGAAUGUAGAUGCCAACAGACUACCAGCAAACACAAUGUUUGCAGGACUUCCACAACUAGGAUUAAGUGACAUAGUCUAGGACCCGAGGUCAACAGUUUAGUGGCGCUACAACAUGCAGCAGGUCCGUUUGACAAGAAACACUUCUGUUACAGACACUUGGCUUACUUUGUUAAAGUGGUUUACCUGUCCAGCAGAAAGGUUACAGGGUCACCAAGAUCCCGAAGCGUCCCCCAUCAUUGUUGACCCGGCUUUUUAGCUCUUGUCCAGUCUACCUCCGUUUUAAGCGCCCGUUAUUCUGCCAAAGUCUCCGAUGUUGUAAUGUAUCAUAUCAUAUCAUAUGGUAUCGUACCAUACUGUAUCAUAUCGUAUCGUAACAUAUCGUAUCUUAUGAUAUCAUAUCAUACUGUAUGGUAUCAUAUCGUAUCAUACCGUACAGUAUCGUAUCAUAAUGUAUCUUAUUGUAUUGUAACAUAUUGUAUGGUAUCAUAUCAUAUCGUAUUGUACUGUAUAGUCUUGUAUCGUAUGGUAUCAUAACGUAUCAUAUUGUAUUGUACUGUAACAUAGAUUCCACCCCUAAAGUUGGUGGAACUCCACCCUAAAUGGUAGUGUCUAGAAUUUGACAUUGUUAGCCUUAUCUAGCGAUCAGAUAUGAGGUUGAAUUCCCCCCUUGCUCACCCCGCCUGCUGGUGGAGCUCCACAAACAACCUGAUGAUCAAGUUUUACUAGUAAAAACUCUAAUUUUUAAACUUUAAACUACAAACUUUCACCUUUCCACCAUCAUGGCUGCUACCCAAUCACAGAUAUUGGAGGAAACAUGGAGAUGUCAAAUGGCUUGUUCUGAUUUGAUAAAAGACCAAAACAGUUUAAUAUUUGUCAAUGUAGGUAUGUAUGUACGUAUGUAUGUUAAUAUUAUAUUUCGAGAAUAUUUUGCUGAAAGCCACUUAGUCUACAAAGAUUACCUUUCCUGCCUGUUUAUAAGCAGCAAUCGACUUUUUGCCGAAUCAUGUUAUCAGCCGCUCAAAGCCUGAGUUGUUGGUUUUCUUGUAACUGAAGAUGUGACGGUCAUUUACUCAUGUAAUCGAAGAUUUUUCUUUGUUUACCAAUAACUGUAAAGUGAACACGGCAAUUAGGCGCCUGCUGCUUUAAUGGCUCUAAUCAUUGACUCGACGUGACUUCGUUUCAAUCAGCUCUGAGCUCUCAAUCAGAGAGGAGGAGAUACAUGUCUGUGAGACAUUUCUACACAUUUUAUUCAUCUGCAUAAUCAACCACCGACAAUCUCUGCAUUAUCUCUUUAUUUAAAGACCCCAGUACCCGGUCCUAUGAUGGUUCUUUAAGCUGAGGAUGGAAACUGCAUGUCUGGCUGGACAAGUUGAGCUGAAUGAUGCAGCAGCAGCAGGCAGCCAUCUUCAUGUGCUUCAUUUAGCACAUGGUCUGUUGGAUGAGUAUGACUCAUCCUGUAGAUGGACUUCAAUAUACAGACGCUCGGAGCAGUUCUGGGAACACUGUCGGACAAACGUCACAUCAAGAUCAUACCUUGUUAUGAAAGAUUACCAGUUUGACCUCGACGAUCCACCUCUUAUGUAAUUCAUCGAUCGGGGGCAGAACAUGUUUCACUUCGUAUUAUGUCAGCUGAGGGCGCUAGUCUCACGCCAUUCAAAGAGGAACUCUGUGUUCAUAAUGGACUCUUGGUUCUGGUCAAGACAAAGUCCAAUGCUGCAACCUUGAAGAUGAGUUCUGUAACGAUGUGUUAGCAGAGUUUAAUGUUUGUCCAAUGUUGUUGGUGGAGACUUUGAUGGUUCUACCAACAUCAAGUUUAUUUGCUUAUCGUGUUUUUGCGAUACAAUAAACUUUUAGGACUUGGUUCCACAAAUUAAUUAUUUGAAAAUUCAACCCUAGGAGCCAAGGCCUUCAAAACCUCAUCCCAAGAUAGAUAAGAAGGUGCUGAAGUUGCACAUUGAUGGUCAUUUUUGACAGAGGUACAUUUUUGAACAAGAAGGGACCAUUUGAACGUCGGACAAUCGUCACAUCAAGAUCAUACACCAGUUUGACUUCUACAAUCUACCUCUUAUGUAGUUCGUCGAUAGGUGGCAGAACAUGUUUCACUUCGUAUUAUGUCAGCUGAGGGCGCUAAUCUCACGCCAUUCAAAGGCGAACUCUGUGUUCAUAAUGGGCUCUUGGUUCUGAUCACCUUGAAGAUAAGUUCUUUAACGCUGUGUUAGCUGUAAUGUUUGUCCAAUGUUGUUGGUGGACACCUUGACGGUUCUACCAACAUCCAGUUUAUUUAUGAAUUGUAUUUUUACGAUACGAUAGUGGAAACUGUAAACUUUUGAGACUUGGUUCCACAAGAUGAUUAUUUGGAAGUUGCACAUUGAUGGUCAUUUUUUGCAAGGGGGACAUUUUUGGACAAGAAAGGACCAUUUGAACGCCCUUCUCGUUUGGUUUCGCAACAUUUUAAUGUUGAUUUUUUUUUGAAUCAGUCAUGUAACUAAUGGGGUCUGAAGUUAUAGGAGUGAAGCUAACAAGAGCUUAACUUCAACAAUGUGGUUUUAUUGACGUUGAUAGCUCGACUUUUUCGAUGAUCCUUGUGGCGUCCCAGCAAGAAGACGGUUCACAGAGGUUAAAUAAGCACAUUCAGAAGAACGUCUUGGUAAGGUACUCGAUGAUCCGCAGCAGAAACUUGUCUCGGGUAAAUAUGUCCUCAAAAGUACAGAUGAUGUUUGCUAAGUGUGAAUUUAGCUGCUAAAUAUGAACACUAAACCCUCCUGGGAAUAACACUGAAUCACAUGCAGGUACUGAUGAUGUAUUUUUAAAACCGAGCUUUUGAACCUCCUCUCCUCUUCAAUGUUUCGGCGUCAGCGGAGACAGCUCACCUUCAAUUAGCCGCUUUCCUCCGUUAGCUCACGCAUGUACCCUAGCUCGAAGGUCGAUUAGAGUUUGGUGUGUGUGAGGGGAAGCACAGAUCUCCAUGCGGCUGUGAUCAUGCGCUCAUCUAUUGGCUUGUGACCCAAAUUGAAACAAUCGAUUGAACUGUCUGAGUCGCUUUCAGGUUUUACUCUGAACAUGCAGCUGAAUAAAACUCACAGAUCUGACGUGAACAAAGGACAAUGAGCCGCUGUCUUUUAUGCAUUUACAUAAUUAGGCAUGCUAAUUAGCCCGCUGGUCUCACUUCAUGCUUCACUGUAGUGCUUUCUCAAUACUGUUGAGCUGACAAACCAAAGGCUGGUCUGCCAGGAGCUGUUAGACAUCGGGGAGUGUUAGUUCCUUAAGAGAGGGAAAUACAAUCUAAACACAAUUAACAAGGCGGUAAUCCAGACGUACAUGCCGGUACUUUCUCCUGCUGAAGGAAAUGUUCACUAUUCCUCAUUAAAAUAACAGAAAAUUAUUGAUCUUUAUUGUUUGGUCACUGUGGCUUUCUUUGCAUGGAAAGCUAACUUGCUAGGCUAGUUGGCAACCACUAAACCACUGAGAUGAAACGAGAUAUGAUUGAUACCCUCUUUAAACAGAAGGGGGCGACAUUUGCCUUCGUACGGGACUCUGCACUACAUGCUCAAUUGGGCUUCCCACCUGCCUGGCGACCGUUUUAACCAUUGUUCUAGUCUACUUGCAAUGUUUUUUUUCUCAUUCAUGAAAGCUAACAUGCUAGGCUAGUUGGCGACAACUUAGCACCUCACAAAUUAAAAUCUGCUACACCCAGAGGACGAUUUAAAUAACUGAGAUAAAACGAGAAAUGAUUGGUACCCUGUGUGAACAGAAGGGGGCGACAGUUGCUACAUGCUUCCUUGCGCUUCCUACCUGCCUGGUGACUGAUAUAACCGUUAUUCUAGUCUAUGAGCAAUGUUUCUUUCUCAUUCAUGAAAGCUAACAUGCUAGGCUAGUUGGCGACCACUUAGCACCAUACAAAUUAAUAUCUGAUACACCUGGCGGAUGAUUUAAAUCACUGAGAUAAAAUAAGAAAUAAUUGAUACCCUCUUUAAACAGAAGGGGGCGACAAUUGCUUUUGUUCAGGACUUCACGCUACAUGCUCAAUCGGGCUUCCUACCUGCCUGGCGACCGUAUUAACCAUUGUUUUAGUCUUCAUUCAGGAAAGCUAACAUGCUAGACUAGUUGGCGACCACUUCGAACCUCAAAAAUUAAAAUCUGAUACAUCCGGGGGACCCUCUUUACAUAGAAGGGGGCAAAGGUUGCCUUCGUUCAGGACUUGGCACUACAUGCUUACUUGCGCUUCCUACCUGCUCAGCUACCAUAGUAACUGUUGUUCUAGUCUACAUGCGACAGUUUUUUCUCAUUCAAGGAAAGCUAAUAUGCUAGGCUAAUUGGCGACCAUUUCGCACCUCAAAAAUUAAAAUCUGAUAGACCUGGAGGACGAUUUACAUCACUGUGAUAAAACGAGGAAUGAUUGAUACCCUCUUUAAACAGAUGGGGACGAACGCUUCUUACUCGGCAAUAGUUUUAGCUGUUGUUCUAAUCUACGCGCAACAUUUUUUUCUCAUUCAUCAGGCGCUAAAAUCUGGGACAUUUCCGGGGACAACUUUAGCCGGGGAUAACUCAUCCAGAAUGGGGACUGUCCCUGGAAAUUGGAGACGUCUGGUCACCCUAAAAUUAGGACCCAACACAAAACCAGUUUAGGAAAGUUCAAUGUUGUGAAAUAAAUGAAACCUUGUGUUUGAGAGGUAGAGUAUGUUCCCUGUCAGGACAAACCUUCCAAUCCUGAAACGUCUUCUGGGAUAAGAGUCUGUUUGCCGAUGUAACAGAUCAUCUGCUCACCUUUGUCAAAGAGUACUUUCACCUUUCAAACAGACAGGGGAGACAGGACGUCUGAGUGGAGGUGAGAUCAUGAUGGAGGGAAUAAUAGGCAGCCUGAGAAAUAAAAAGAAGAGCUGAGCUGUUCUGCUGAGUGACGGACGAUAGAGGAUUUGAGGAGACAAGAGGCCAAAGCGACCUGCUGAGAGAAAGAGAGAGAAAACAGGCUUUUCUAAGCUGCUCUUUCAUUUGUUUGAGGGUCUUUGGAGAGCCAAGGUGAUCCACGUAUGCCCAUCCAACGCCGUGGGAAUCUGCACGGGAGAUUUAAAGAGGGGUAGAGUGAGCUAAAGCUUGGCUCGGAGAGGAGUCCAGGGGAGGUUUGGCCUCUCUCUGGGUCUCCAUGGUGGCUGCUAUUGAGCUCCCUCUCUCUCUCCAGAUAUUUGUCACUCAUCUUUCUUUGUAAAUGUUUUUGACCCGGGAGCAGACCCCAUCCAAAAACCCUGAUUUUCAGAGUGACUACUGAAUGAUUCCUUCAUUGACGAUCGGACGAGCCAAACCACGAACUAAAAAGUCCAUAAUCGUUUAGUCUAUCAUGAUUUUGUGUUUGUUAUGAAACAGCUGGGCACAUAAACUCUUUCCACCAAAACUUAGUGUGACAUUUUAUGUAAGAUCUGGUGACUCAAAUGAGAAUUUGACCCCCAGAAAGUCCAUUUGAAAGAGAGGCCAGGGGGUGUAGUGCCUUAUAAAACAUGCAGAGAAAAGCCUGACUUUUACCGACUGUUACGUCUUUUCAUUCCCAUGUGUAAAGCGUCCGUAUAUCACAUUGCUGAAUAGGAAAAAGGAAUUUAAACCCGGGUAGACAGGCUUCAGGCGGAGCUGCAUAUCACUGCGCCGUGUGUGCAUAUAAAACUGACACAGUGGUACCCAGGUGUGACAGCGGUGAAACGCUGCAGACGAACAUGAUUUGCUUCAGGACACAGGACAGAUUUGGUUCUCAGUGUUCAUGCUCUCCACACCUGGGUCUCUGAUUGUUCCUGCAUAAGUGUGUUUGUGUGUCAGAGGGUGAUAAACACGUGUGUGAAAGCAGUGACUGUGUGUUUGCAGGUGCUGUUAUUGUUAAUAGAAAACCGUAUAUCUCUCGUGACUUUCAUUUGGAAAACCUGUCCCUCCUCCUUGAACCUGAAUGGGAGAGUUAUCUCGAGUUGGUGCUGCGUUCUUGCUCAUAUUGUUCAGGUUUAAUGUCACAGCUUUAAGGAUCUUUGUUUCAGUGAGUUGCUGGUUUUAGACAAACAAGUCGUGAUGAUCAAAGUGUAAAUUUAAAGCGGCAUGUUCUCAGAACCAAACGGCAGCCAAACUCCAGAUCACCAUGUCCCUCUUUCUUGGGAGUUGGUGGAGACCAAAUAUUGACGUAAAUUACCGUAAUGACAAAACUAAAGUGAACUUUGUCAUUUUUGGACCUAGUGCAGAUUUUUAAAGCAACUCCAAGUCUUAAAAUGUUUUCACGUUUGCAUGACAGCUCUACAACAUCUUAUUUUAUGUGGGAUGAGAUUCAUACUCUUAAAAUCCAGAUUAUAAGGAUUUGUCUACAUGGUGAUGAAAACGGUAUACUGCCAUUUUGUUCUGAGAAAGUUUUCCGUAAAGACGGAAUCGUUUCAGAAAAUAUCCGCGUAAACACGAAACCACUGAAAAAGACUGACAACAAUGUAGUGCUUAUACCAAGCCAGUAGGUGGCGCUAUUAUGACUUCCUAGAAAUUCACCAAAAGACAGAGGAGGAGUUCGGAGCAUGCGUAUAAAGGUUGUUUUCGUUGGAUCCACGCAGGCGUCUUAAGAGAGUUAACGCUGUGUGUGAGGUAAUCGUUUCAAGAAAGUUGCGUAAAGACGACCACAUGUAGACGAAACUGUAGUCGUAUACGGAUUUCUGCACUCAGGGACCCGUUUUCAGAAAACUUCAUUUACAAUCACACAAAAAUGACUUCCGAUUCCUUUUCAGACAAAGGCCUUUCAACUUUUGGGGGAGAAAGGUCACAAACUUCCUUUCUGUUCAGCAAUGUACAAAUUAUAUGCAGCCGUGUAGCUCUUUCAAAUACCAUCCUUUUAGCUACCUGUACUGUAGUUGAGCUCAGGUAACAGUAGAGAUGAUAUUUAGGAGGUAAAGAACCAACUGCCCGAGCCUACUUUGCUAGAACGUACGUUAAAAAGUGGCGCCACUAGCCUGUCUGCAGAAAGCUAAUGGUAGCCUAAAGAAAGAAAGUUCAAUCGGCAAUGUGAUCCACUUUAAAUGGAAGUUAUCAAAGUUGUUAUAUUGAUGUCCGACUGUAAACCAGGGACGCAGAGUUCUUAAUGACACCCAACCUCGAGGACAGAGAUGUCAUGGACCUCCAGUGCCCUCCGCAGCAUUUCGCCCUCUUAAACACCUCGACAUUAACGUCCUCACAUACUGAAGCAGUCAAACAUCUGUCCCCUGAAUGCCACAGGACUCACCCUCCAGCAUUUCAUCCUCAAUUUAGGUGACCUUAAUGUUCAGUGCCCUACUUUAACACACUGUUUAUGUGUCUGGGUGUCUGGGCACACCUCUUUGUUCAGAUCUGCAAACACUGGUGGCAGCAGGGAGAGAAGGAAAUGAAAGAAAGAGUCUGCCAGCUGAACUGCUAGCCCGUUUCCAUCCCUUUCACUUGCUUUCUGGAGGAGGAAAAAGAGAGAGGGAGACAGAAAUGAGACAAAGACUCGCAGUGAGACAGGGAUACUGGCAGAAAUCAAGAGAGACGCAAAUGGAAAGUCAGCCGCGUGACAAAAGAUGGAUGGAGAGAGACGGGGAGAGUGCAGAGCUGUGAGAAAGAGAUUAAAUAUAAAGAGGAACGGGGCAGAUGGAGGCGAAAGGAGAGAGUUUUUUCCUGCUUGACAGCAGCUUGUUAUAUCAUCAACAAUAUAGCAGUUCAUAAAAGAAAAAUACAAGUGCAGUUUGAAGUCGAUGAGCUUUUAUUCCAGAUGUACAAAGCUUUGAAAAGGAAAAUCAACUGUCUAAUUUAUUCGUCCGACUGCAUUCUCUUCACUCUUGUCAGUGACCCAGCACAUCCAAAUAGGAAGUUGUAGAUAUUCUGGCAUGAUUUCUUGAUGCUGCGACUUUUACUUUGAUAUGGUGUCAAAGUCAGGGGAGGUAAAAGAGGGUCAUGGAGAGGUCAAACCAACGGUGAUGAAACAAGAAGCCAAUGUAGAAGUGCAAAAAAACUCCACUGAAGGUGUUUCGAACGUGUCUCAAAUAUUUUAUCAACAAAACAGCUGUUUCAGAUUUGAUCAGGGGUUAAAUUGUUUGCUUGUUCAAUCACCUUAAAUCAACCGUGUCAUGUUGGGUACUCAGCUUUGUGCUUCGAGCGGUUCCACCGGUGGUUCGGUUGUCAUAUGUGAAACCAUUUGCUAGAAUGCGUCAGAGUUAUACCAUGAAUCAAAUGACAGGAGCAUACAGGUUCACUGCGAAGAAUCGUGUCAGAGCCAGAUCAUGGAUUUCACCGACCCGGGUCAGAGAACAUAAAACAUCUAAAUCAAAACCAGCUCUGUAAACUUGAGCCUGAACUUGAGUGCGUUCUUACUUUAGGGUCUUAUGUAGGUUGGUUUGAUUCAGCAGAUGAACGCUAGACCAUUUGGGAGUGUUAGGUCAGAUGGGGGGGCUGAGACCGUUUCCUGGAAGCCACAAGUACUUGUGAAGAAGACCUUGUACAUACCAAGCAUAGAAGCUACAGUUACAUGUGAUAGGAGUCUGCAAGCACCACAGGAAAACAGAUCCAGAGGCACCAUAGUGACGGCGCUGCAGGUUGGGAAAUUGCUGAUGUCAAUGGGUAUCUGAGGCAUGGGUAGAGCAAGUUUUGCUUGAUUUGCUCAGUAGAUUGAAAGAUUUCUUGUUGGAUGGAUGGCUCUUCUGCUGAUAAUCAGUUGGAUACAACUUGUAGGUGUUACUUUUUACACAGCUUUAUAGUCCCAGAACAGCCUGAAACUUGUGCCUUGACCGAAAGCUUCUGAGGGUAACUAUUGGUGCCCAUACUGGCUUUCCAUUUAGCUGUACUGGCCUUUGUUUACAAAAGGAGUCAUCAGUGAAGUGGCGAGCACAAGCAGCUACGAUGUGGCGGUGGUCCUUGUUCAGAGCAGAGGAAAAACUGAGGACUUUCCAGCUUCUGAGUGGAAGUCAGGUGGGUGUCCUUGACCGAGUAGCAGGAUUUGGCUUUCCCCUCGGCAUUGUCCUAAUAAGGCGGCACAACCUGGUAUCAGGGUGUUGGCAUGCCUCAUAUAAGCUGUCCAUCAUAUCAUUUGGUUAUUUCCAUCAUUGUAACAUCACUGAUUGGCACAAUAAGAGUCCUUUAAGCUGGUUUCUUUCUUUAAUUGUAAUGAGACCAUUUGAAAUAUCAGAUCCAGACAAGAAAUAACACAAAUCUUGGCUUACAAAAUGUCGCUACAGUAGGCAAGAAGGGAUUUGUCCAAAUGUUACACCAGUUUCCUUCUAUUUAUACAAAAAAACUGGCUGGGAUACCGUUGGCUCCGGCGCUCGUUUUUCAUAUUAAUUAGUAGUUGGCGAGGAACGUCUACUUUUCGUCCUCAUUUCACUCCCAAGUUUUAUGCCUUCAAAGACAAAGGUUGUCUGAAAAUUAACCCUUUUAAGUCCUCUGCUGAAAAACUAUGUUAUUUUUCAGCUCGUAUUUAUGGCUCACUAGAAACUGGUUCAUCUUCAAACAGCUCUGCAUCAUAUAGCCUUCACAUCAACUGUCUAUCUUUAUCCGCCCCAAAACAUCAGCUUGAGCAUCAGUAUUACCCAACAGCAGCCAACCCUGCGCCGGCUUUCUUUCAAACACGGCCAGUCCUGCAGGCAGCAGCUCACGGCCAAAAGCGGACUAAAAACCAGCUUCUGGAGAGCCUGCAUCAGCUGUUGGCAGCCCGAGUCCAGAGUUACUGUGUGGUGACAUUGCAUCAAAGGAUGAGGAGAUGGAGUCAGCAUGACAGAGCAGGAGAGGGGAGGAUGGGGAGGAAAAUAAGAGUGGGGGAGGAGGCGGAGGGGGGGUGACAGGAAGGAUUGACGCUAACAGAUUGUGACAUGCUGGAAUGAGACAGCCUGCUCAGAGUGGACAAAUGAAAUGCCAGUGCCCCGCAUGAUUAUGAAUGUGCGCGGAACAAGUGUGGAUUAAUUCAACUGGGGCAAGUAUUCAACACAAGCUGAUAUCUGAGACAAAGAGCCUGCUUGGUGCAACAGAUGAACUGAACAACUGUUAUAACCGACAGCUGAAAUGUGGACAUAGCAGAGAGGCGAAAAAGGAGCAAAGCGUACUUUCUUCGUCUCUUCCUCUUCCUCAGCUCAGGCUCUCCCUCCCUUCCUUCUUGCUCUUCAUGCAAAUUUGUCUUUUUCUCUCCAUCUCCCUGUUUCCCUUUCCAAUGGUGACAGACGGUGCCCACUGUGCAGUUUAACAGUUAUUACACGCUCCGAAACACACUGACUCAGAGAGAGAGAGAGAGAGAGAGAGUCAGAGAGAGAGAUAAAGAAAGAUGGAUGAUGGAGGGAGUUAGGCCGAUUAAAACGUUACAGCAUCAGGAAACUGUGCCUGUGGAGGAAACAGUGUUUCUGUAUGUCUGAGAGAGCAGAUUAAGUAUAACUGUGGAGUUAUGUGAAACCCAUAUCAAUGCUUCCUAAUGCUAAAUGUAGUCUGUCUGUAGACCGGGGGAGCAAUAAGUACACCUGCCAAUACUGGAGACCGGUAUGAUGUUUCAUCAAGUUAAUUCUUGAUUUAGAGGAGAUUUGACCUAAAAAAUAGGAAAAUGAUGGAGGUCCAACUAAUAAGACCACCAUCAAAAUUCACCUUACUGGCUUUUUGUUAAGUGGUACUACAAAGAGCAGAGUAUUUGACAAGUUAAACAACAGAAGACUUGUUUUUCUAAGCUGUACUGGCACUAUUUUUGUUGGAUUUUAGGAGGAGCUGAGGGGAAAACUGGUUGGGAGGGGUAGAGUUUACAUUCAAGGUUUCUCCCCAAAAAUGGCACUCCCUCAGCUCCUGCCUACCCCAUCUUGAACCUCUUCACUCUUGUUAGUUGGCAGCAGAAUUACCUGUCAGUGAGAUCAAUAAUUUAUUUAUUUAUAACUGCAGGCUUGAAAUGCUGAUCAUAUGUUGAAUCUAAGCUGUAGCCUCGCUAGCUAAUGCCACUACCACCUGGGGGUAAACGAACAUGUUUGACUCAUGGCGUCUUGUGAUUUGGCGCAAUUUGGUCCACAAAAUAUAGACAGAGUUGUAUGUAGAUGAUGUUCAGCUAUCUGCUCUACCUGGGGAAUGCAUAACCAGCAGAGGCACGAGAAACUUACCCUGCAAGAAGAACCGAAAACCAGUGGUUGUAGCUCUGCUAAUGUUAGCCACGCUCUGUAAACUAGUUUGACUGUUUUCCAAAUGUGUCUUACAUUAAGAUGAGUGAGUUAGAAGAAACUUCACCUUAUAUCUAAACAUGUUGGAGUGAACUUGCUUUGGAAAGACCAAAAAGUGGAGUUCAACAAGCUAAAAUUUUGGACUUAAUGCCCCUCUGUCUUUUAUAAACAACUAAAAACUCCGUACAUCAACAUGUCCCUGUUUGUGCCAAACUUGAGUGAGUGUUGUUGAGCCUCUGUAAACUUAGAGCCCCUUGCUCAGUGACUUAAAUCCAGGUGGAUCACUUGUUCCAUAAAAAUACACUACGGAGGACUUGCCCUUCCAAACCACCACAUGGAGAAAUACCAGAGAGCUAUAAAUAAAAACAGAGGUGCAUUUAGACGGACUUGCUCCGCAGUCAAGUUGGGACAUGCUUGACCUACUAAAAAAAAGUGGGGGAGGAGCUGCGGACAUCGAAAUGAAAGAGAGGCUGAUGGUCAGCCAGAGGGGUCAAGUUUAAGGCUACUUGGGCAAACAGCUGCCAAAACCUGCUUUGGCGACACAGGGCAUGUCACUUAAGUCCUACCAGCUCUAGAUGUGCUAUUUAUAGAUCUGAGGUUGACUCAUGGCCUUUUUUGUCAAGGUUUAAGAGCAAUAAAAAGCACCAGACUGUUCGGAGACGAUGCUAAUAUUUUGCUUUGAGGCCUUAUCAACCUUGAAUACUUUCAAAUACAUAAGGAAAGUAAUAUCGUAACAAUAUGGGAAUGGCUUACCCAUCUUGGGGGACGCGACUACAUCAAGCAACAACCUUCCGGUCAUCAGGAACGUAUCCAGUGUGGAAGUGCUAAAGACUACAGCCCCCCGAGGUGCUUGAUAACUGGUUCAUUUAGGGUGACCAUAUUCUGCAUCCCCAAAAAAGAGGACAGGAUUAUGCGAAAGCGGAGUCACAGAGUCGCGCAUAGUUGAUUUUGUGUUUUUCGGGUCAGAUCAAGAAUCUUUUACAUGCUUCAGGACAAGACCGGACAAGGCCAGACAUUCCCUAAAAAAGAGGACAUGUCUGGGUAAAAGAGGACGUAUGGUCACCCUAGCUCAUUGGCUCUGAAAUACGUCACUCUUUUGGCUACCUACAUGCUAACCUUGGCGCAUUUCCAAUAUGGCCUUUGCCGUUUACAGACUUAAACACUAUGCUUCAGAAACAAAUGGUUGACAUCACUCAGACUUCACCAAUGGUAAUUGUUUUUUUAUGUGUCAUGGUGUCUGGCUGUUUCUUCAUGUUUGCCUGUCCAGAACUGUUAGUGCAACGUGGAAUAGGAACGUUGCCUAAACUGAAGACGACACACUAAAUGCAUCUGAACCAUGUUGUUUACCGGUAUUUGACAUGAGGGUUACUGUGGUUAGUCCCUCCAAACCCUCUUUAGUAAAUCUGCCUUUUUAAAAGCUUCUAUGUUGCGUUGCAGGAGCUUAUAUACCAUACUGUGGGUUAACGUGAUGGUAGCUGCUUUUACAUAGAUUGGUUUCAGCCUAUUUGCAUUUGACCCACAAACACUUUAUCUCCUCCGAUUUAAUUAUGCUCAGUCAAAAUAGAUGUCAUGUGUGGGGAUCCGGAGAAAGUGCCCACAUGUGUGUCGGUGCUUUUGUUUGUUAGCUGGUGUAUUUGUGUGUGUAUGUGUGUGUGUGUGCGCGAGACGCUGAGGGCAUAUUAACUGCAGUUGAGCCAUCAAAGUCCUUGGCAAAGCCGUAGUCCAGAAACAGGCUCGAUAAGCCCACUGGUCAUGGAGGAGACGGGGGAGGGGGGUGAGGGGAGAAAGAGGACACAAUCAGUCUCAAAUGGUUUGGGAUUUGUUGCUUUUUUGUUGCCAUGUGUGGUCAGGAUUGUCAGUAUUAUCUUUGUCGGAGAUCCUGAUAUAUUUCAGAAGCUUAUGUAAAUAUCCGACGGCAGCUAAAGAUUAUUUUCUUACACCGUCAGUAUGACAUUUAUCGUCUUUGGCAGUGGAGUUAUUGUUUGUUCGAUUCGUACUCGAGUUGUUUGUUUUUUUUCCAGUUGAGUUACGACUGUGAUCUGUUUUUUUCUGCUGCUAUCCAAAGACUUAGAAUGAAUUUAUUUGAUGCCUUGUCUACAAAGUUUAAGCGUUAUUAUCAGGUCAAGUUCUUUCCUCUGUGGUUAACAACAUCUAAUAAAGGUGGUGUUAAUAUUCAAAGAGUCAAUCAUGUCAAGUGUCGAAAGAGAAGGUUCGAAGAUGAACUUAAACAGCAGACAGAGCUCGGUAUGCAGAUGACAUGUUUGUAUGGACUGCCUGAUGUCAUUUAUAGUAAGUGGUUAUACAAGAAUGGCAUUAUAGGUAUGUGACUCAUAAAGGCAGCUUAGCUCUGUUCUGUGGGUGACUGUGGGACCAGAAUUGGUGGACGGGUCUUUGUUGGCCCACUUGUUAAACUUCCGUUUGAAUCUCCUCAGAAUCUUCUUAAAUUUUUGGUAAUUUCUGUAUUUUGUCGGUGAGGAAGUCCCGUCAUCCAGAAACCUUCUUCAGCACCAAAUUAUAAAGUACAACAGAUUUAUACGGGGGUGUAACAAAACAUGGUUUCAGCAAUCUUCUGUCGCCCUGACUCAUUGAACAAAGUUAUUGUUUUUCUAAACAUCCACGUUUCAAACAGCUUCUCCUGUUAAUUUGACUCAUGACUUUUCUGAGUCAUUAUCAUAAACCGUAUAUACUAUGGAUAACUUGGCACCGCCUUCCAUUGUUAUAUGUAUUUGAGGCUGAAUUGCUCUUGGUAUUUCCAGGAUUUUCUCCACUUCCUUGAACCACCACUUGCACAGUAAGAUAGAGUUUAAACAGCGUAUCCCCCGGGUGAGCUACGCUAUCUUCGUACGUCAAUAGGCUGUAUCAAGUGUCAAUCAUAGUAAACAUGAACCCCCUAAUAGCUUAAAAAUACAGCUGCACAAAAAAAAGAGGACUUGAGCACAAACCAGUCUUACCCAGGGAUUCCACUGGAUCCGGAACGGCUCCGCUCCGGACUGGCAGGUGGAUCAAAUAUGCAAGCAUAUAGCACCCAACGAAUUCAAUCCACUGCCGCCAUUGGAGGCCAAGCACUUGCAAUACUGCUGAUAUUUCUCGCGAAACUGGACGAGAUCUUACGAGGUCUCACAUGUUUCAGACAUUGUUUGAGACAUUGAAUGAGCUCCUCCGAUCGGUGUUUUGACUUUAUUUUAAUUUGAAAAUUAACUGAUCUGAUCCAGCCACCAGAGCCGAUCCACAGUAGAGCCGGACGGCUAGCAGGUUGUGAGGAAUGACACACAUUGAUUAUAAUCCUUGCGUAUUUGAUUCGAUUUGGUUUUAGCCGUUGCAGUAACUACAUGUCAACAUCGCAACCAGGGGGGAGAAAAAGUGACUGCAGCCUGUCACUAGAGGGUGCUGUUCUCAUGGAAGCUUCAUCCAUUGAGGAGGCAGACGCUGUCCAUUCUAUAUACAGUCUAUGGUCAUUAUGCACCCUUCAGAUAGGUGGAUGUUAUUGUUGUGUGUCUUUAUUUUAAAAUGUCUAGUUCGAUGUUUAUUAUCACUAUUUGGACCACAGAUUCUUUCCACGCGUGAAACGUGUGCCGACAUGAUACCCAGACUGGCAUAUUUAGAGGCUUCGGGGCCGCAGACGAAGCUGCCAUAUAUGACGAGCUGUGGGUGAGAAUGUGUCAGUAUUAACAGAAGCUACAGCAGCUUUGCAUACUGGGAAAUCAAUCACUGAUAGUGGGCGCUUACUCAUGUGGAGCGACUGGCUUUUUAUUCUGACACAGAGUCAAAUGGAAAGGGAGCCUUUAAAAUACAAUAUGUGCAGAACCAAUAAAGGGAACGUAAAAGGAGGGCAGGAGAGAUGGAUGGCGUAUGUGUGUUUCUGUGCGUGUGUGUUUGUGUGUGUCGGCGUGGCUGGAGGUUGCUUUGGUGAUGAAUCAUUUCCGUUUGAGACCCACUAAGACACGGGUCCCUCGGGGCUGCAGUUCAUUUUUCUGUUGAGCGCACACAGACACACAAAUAUCAACAUGCUUUGCCCCCUCCCCCCCAAAUGUGCAGAUGGAGUACAGUCAUCGGUUUAUAAGGCCACAGUAAUAAAGGUCCAGUAUUUCAUCUUUAAAUGUCAGAUCAGACGUGACGGCGUCAACCAGACACAAUAACAACCUGUGCUCGCCAAACAUGAAUGUUCCCUUUUAGCUCAAAGCAAUUCACAAACAAAUCUAACAUGCUGGUCGGGUUUCUUAGCUUGACAAAUAACACAAUCUGAUUGGGUUUUUCCUCAUCCUGAGCAAAGCAGUCGACAGAGAGAAUGAAGAAAAUAGGACAAAAUGAAAAUUUAAAAAAGCAGGGGGAGUGUGAUAAACAGCAGGAAGAGCUCUUGAUAAAACAGACCAACGCGGAACAAGCGUGUGCGGUUAGCGGAUUGCAACGCUCGUAAGAAAGCUAAGGGAGGACUGGGGGGUGUUAGAUCUGAGGAGGCAGCUCAGCUGGCAGCCCCCAUUCCUUGAAACAUCUGAAUCCACCAGAAUCCAUACUGACUGACAUUAAGGUCGUCUCCUGGUUGACAUGUUACAUAUCAAGGCUAACAGGAUGUAUGUCGAACAGUGAAAACGGCGUCUCUCGAUUUCCCGGUCGAUCUACGUGCCAACUGUCACACAUGGCCAUGAACUUUGGGAAAGAACGAGAUUGUGGAUACAAGCGACCAAAAUGGGUUUCCUUGAAAUUGGUUUCCUUGAAAGGGGUUUCCUUGAAAUGGGUUUCCUUGAAAUGGGUUUCCUUGGCCGGGCUCAGCCUUAGAGAUAGGGUAAGGAGCUCGGACACUAGGGAGGCGCUCAGAGUAGAACCGCUGCUCCUCCACGUCAAGAGGAGUCAGCUGAGGUGGCUUGGGCAUCUGGUUAGGAUGCCUUCUGGACGCCUCCCGUUAGAAAUGUUCCUCACAUGUCCCACGAGGAGGAGACCUCGGGGCCGGCCCAGGACCAGGUGGAGGGAUUAUAUCUCUCGCCUGGCCUGGGAACGCCUGGGAAUCCCCCUGGAGGAGCUGGUGGAAGUGGCCGGGGUGAGGGCCAUCUGGGCUUCCCUCCUGAAGCUGCUGCCUCCGAAGACAACGAUUCUGGGAUUCUUAGCAGUAAUUCUGGUUUUAAUCACCAGAUUUCAGAUGAGGGGGCUGCGAGCUGAGCUGCCCCCUAAGAUUUUCCCCUUGAUUCCAAACAGGGAUGUUUAUUACAUAUGAUAUCUCACUACAGCACGACAGCAUCUCUGUAAACCUGCAAACAAACGUCCUCUUGACGUAAACAUCUGUGUCUCUAUAGGAGAGAAAAACCAGUAGCGUCUGUAUCACCUCUCUUGUGUACUUUAAGAUCUUUGUGUACCUCUGGAUCUCCCCACACGCUGCUCUCUUUUGUCCGUUGUGUUCGAGGAUCAAUUAAACCAAAUUCAAUUAGCUUAUCUCGAACUGACCGUCCACCUUUCCGCCGCCUUUGGCGCAGCACUUAAUUUCCCCGCGCUCUUCUCUAACACACACUUUAACACACAUUAAGUCGGAGAAGAAGCUCCGCGCUCAACCAACCAUCGUCUGAUAAAACUCCUUUUUUCUUUUCUUCGCCCUUAUCAGACACUUAUUUGUCACAGUCAGCCUCCCCUUCCCCUCGGUUGUCAUUUCACACGAGCAUGUCUCGAUACCGUUUCUCGUACUUCCUCUAUCUCUCUUGGCGUUUUUCACCCGUCUUCUUCAUCUUUCCUCCGCGUUACAUUCGACUAAGUCUUUGUAAUGAAGUCUGUAAGCUGGGAAACCGCCUGAUUCAUGCGUCUGAUGAACAGUAACUCGUUGAGCUCUCUCUUCUUCCGUCCCACAAUCCUUUUCUGCUCAGUUCUGCUGGCACUAAAUACUAAUUAACUUCCCGGUUAAUCCCAGAGGGAAACGGCCACGUACUGUAUUUAAUCACUCAGUCUGUGCAUGCUCAGGCGCUCAUGUGUGGGCCUUUUUUUUCUCGAGUGUGUGUGUUUUGCACACCUGUUCCCGCCGCAUGGAGUCAACUGUAAAAAAAAAAAAAAAACAUGUGCUCGACAUUUUUUUAACGCUGUGCUCUCUUUCACCCCGGACAGGAGGCGACACCAUGACGACAGAAAUGCAGGAGAUCGCCAUCACGGAGGAGAAGCCUUUACUCACGGGUCAGGCCGAGGCAAAGGUCAGACAUUACGCAACACACACAAAAAAAACAGACACAAGCACUCAGAGAGACAACAGUCUGAGAGUGUGGGUUUGCGGUUUGUGCUUUUUGAUUCAGAGCAGAGCCUACACAUGACAACAUGUGCUGCCAACACAUGUUCCCUAACUUUGCACGAGUGUGUAUGGCGUGUACAGUGUGUGUCCGUGCGUGUUUGUGCACAGCUGCAGCGCUGGCUCGGAUGUGCCGCGUUGACGUCAAAGCCCCCGAGGGAGCCCGAGCGGCUCCUCUGCCUCUGCUGCGCUGACGUUGCCGAGCAGACGCAGAGGAGCCGCAGAAGGAGAGCCGUCUGUUUCUCACCGCUGACACCUGCUGGACAGACGGGGAAGUGCAAGCCCCAGACAAAAACAGAUGCCUCAGAUGUUUGAGUUUUAAGAUAGAUCCUCAAGAAUCAGUAACUCUCUCUUCCCUGAUAAUUAUCAACCAGCUCUUUAAAACAAUCUCAACAAACUCCACGGUGUCUGUCUGCAGCUCUGAGCCCGGGGCCCACUGUGUCGUUCCUCCUGUGUUACAGCUGCUCUAACAGCUGGGCGCCGGCGUUCUUCUAGUAAAAGACAAUCGCUGAAGCAGCAGAAAUGAGCGAAUUCAUCGAGAUUAUUUUCAGGUGCUUCAGGAGGACAAGCAGAGAGUUUUCUUGGAAUUACAAAGACGGAAAAGUAGAAGAGUUUUCUGAGACUUUGUCAAGUUGUCGGUGAAUAUUCAGGAGAGAUCUAAGUGAGGAUUCGGGAAGUUGAAGGCCGUUGUUAAAGAUGUGGUUUACAAAGUGAUGAGUGGAAGUGUUUAGGUGAAUGUUUGCCAAUUUGUGAGUGAGUAUUUAAGCGAGUAUUGGCCACUCUCUGAAUGAGUGUUUUUGGGGAAUCUGUGCCAAGUCGUAAGAGAGUAUUUAGUCAAGUAUUUUCCAAUUGGUGUGGGAUUCGUACGGAUAGUUUAUGCCAAUUUGUGAGUGAGCAUUUAACAAAUUAAAUUAACAAAGUGACUUUUUAAGAGAGAGUAACCCGAACGAGGACAAAUAGUUUCUUAUUCUAUUCCUGUGGAGCUCUGAGGUUUGAUUCAGUGCAAACUGAUAACAGCACAGAUACAAGAAGUUCUUCAGUGAUGGUUGAAAUUAGGGCUGCUCGAUUAAUCGAUUUUAAAUCGGAUUAUUUGAUUAUGACAAUGUUAAAAAAGUUAAAAUCGUCAAAGAGAUUUUCCUCUCAAUCAUGUCUCACGCCUUCAGGCCAUCGUAGGCUCCUCCUUCUUGUGGGAGCGCUCCCAAGUUCCCACUAAGGCUGGGCAAUAUGGCCUCAAAUCAAUAUCAAGAUUUAUUGAGCAGUUCACCUCGAUAACGAUAAAUGGACGAUAACUUCUCCACAAGCUGCUCAACCCCUCCCACAUUAACUAUGUCUACUUCAGCCACCGCUCCAGCUGUAAAAUAAAGUAAAUCAAAGUUGGUUUUGGAUGUGUGUAGGUCUGCUAUGGUCUCAUGUCCCUUUAAGACUCUGACCUAUGUCAGAGACGUGACUCCGCCCCAUCCAAAACCAACUUUGGUUUAUCUAUUUUUUUGAAUAUACAGAUAUGAGCAAAAUGACGUCGGUUAUUGUCUUAAAUUUUGGUAUCAGUAAAUUUUUGGUUUAUCACGCAGCCCCUAGUUUCCACACACACCAGUGUAAACAAACAUGGCGUUUAAAAAGAAGGCGAUAAUUUUGUGGCUAAAAAGGACAAGAGCACGUGAAUGGUGUGGAAUUGGUACGGCUUCACAGUUUCAGAUGAAGAGCAAACCACUCCCCGCUGAAAAGUCUGUCUGAUGGAAAUAAAUUCAGGAGUAAACACAAAAGUUUAUUGUCAUAUCGGCACAGAAACGGUGUCUCGGGUGACUGUAAACGGUACUUUUUGAAACUGGAUCAGAGAGUGUGUAAAUCUGUAAACGACGACCAUUUCAUCUCCGUGUGGAUGUUUAUCUGCAUCUCUGGAAACGAUCAUGUGACACACAGAGUAACUGUUUUAUGGCGCCUGAGCAUGUCCGGCCAAAACAACCUUUAUACUCAUGCUCCACUCUUCUUCUGUCUUUUGUGCAUUUUCUUUGCAGAGUUACAGCGCCACUUACUGGCUUGGCAUAUGCACUACAUCAUUCUUAGCCAUUUUGUGUUGAGAGAUCAUGGAAAAACUUAUUAAAGUGAAGUUUGGUGAAAUUAUCACUGAACAAAAAGUCAGAAAGUGAGUUUUUAGACGAAAAAACAAUCGGUUUUAUUUUCCUGCAGCCCUACCUUAAAAUAAUUCCUGUAUCCAGACCCUCAAACUCUGAACAUCCAUCUUUCACUCCUCCUUUAAUUUCUAUUAAUGGUGUCAAUGACCUUUUUGGAUACGCCCUAAACGCCCCCCCACCACUUCAACUUCCCACUCGGCUCAUUUCUUAAGAGCCCGUCGUGUUCGUACUUCAUUAGCGGCGUUAACGGAUCAAAGGUUGCCAAAGAAGACCCCAUUGAAAGCCUCCCGCUGACACGCUUCCUCUGUAUAAUCCUCCGAACCACCUGCUCUUCUGAAGAGCUUCACUGCUGCGACACGAGGGGUGUAACUCUGCAUCACGCCUGUGUGGGUUUUAAUGAGAUAACAAGGCAGGAAUCAACCCGAGCAUAAACAGCUGUUUUUCUCAGAUACACGGACAUCUGAGGCCUUUUUACUUCAAACAUGAACUGAAUCAUAAGAAUCAUAAUAAUAAUUAUUCGUUCUUCUUCGUUCCUCACAGGAUGCUGAACUGGCUGCCAGGAUACUCCUGGACCAAGGACAGGUGAGACUGUUUCCUUUCAGUUCCAGGUUGAAGAUAAGGUCAAAAUAAAAUUAAAAAUUGAAGUAGGACGUCUUCUUGUCUGAAAUGUCUCGGUUUCCUUUCACUCGCUCCAGGAGCACAGUAUCGAGACUCCUCACGGUGUUCUCCACGUGACCCUCCACGGCACACGGACCACCCGCAGGCCCGCCAUCCUCACCUUCCAUGACGUGGGUCUGAACAGUGAGUACCUCUCCCUCUCCGCCUCCUUUUCUCCCCUUUAUUCGACUUUCUCCUCACCUCCUGUUCCUGAUUCCUGUCCUCCUCUCUCUCCAACAGGUAAGAGCUGCUUCUCCCCUCUGUUCAAGUUCGAGGAGAUGCAGGAGAUCGUCAAGAACUUCACCCUGAUCCACGUGGACGCUCCGGGGCAGGAGGACGGGGCUGCUGCCUAUCCCGUAGGGUACGAAACCCCCUCUGCUCGGUCGUAUUCACACUCUCGCUCGUCUCCCCUGGUCGUCCCGCUGUAACCUUUUCCUUUUUUUAAGUAAACUUCUCCGAAAUGGAGACAAUCCUCUGCGGAAGGCUUAAACCUAAUCUCUUCCAAAAAUACUCAACAGUCCCAUCUCUCACAUCUCCCUCCUCUGCGCUCUAAUACUCUCUCUUGUCGCAGAUUUAACUAAAACCCGUCCCGUCUCUGUCUCUCUUUGCGCACUUAUUAUUUCUUCCCCCGACACUUCUCCAUCACCCUCCUGCGGGGGCUCAGGAGGAUUUUCUCUGGGUUAUCGCAGCAUCUCCUAACCUCUGGCGGUGAUUCCAGGAAUUGAGGAUUAUUCUUUCUGUUUUAUCUCACUUCUGGAUAAAACGUCCCACCGCUGUGUGCUCCUAAUAUGAAAUCAUGAAAAUUCAAGAGUGAUGGUGGGACACUUCUUCUUACUCAAGGAUAGAACUUAAAGGUGGGGUAGGCAGGAUUCCGUUAAAGAAGGAUCUGUUUUCAUAGUGUAUCUACAAAAAAAGCUUUAAUAUCAGUCAAUAGGUAUUAGUCAUUGAUGACAUUUGGGAAUAUCAUGAUAUCGCUGUGUUUUGUUAUGUCUGUGUAGUCAACAUAUUAAAUUCUUGAGUGGCCCGUAAACAAAGCCUUUCUCCGACUGGACGCUGGUGGACGCUGCUCCCUUGUGUUGUGAGGCAGACGCUCCACAUCCUCGAAUAACGUUCACGAGCCCAAAUUAAGUUAGUGCGCUACAAUAUCGGACAGGAGAAUCCAACCAGAAAGUACGGAAAACGCAAGCAAGAAAACGAAGUAAAUACUGGAGACUGGCAGAAGAACAGGCGUGUCUGUAACAGAAGUGUUUCUUGUCAAACGGACCUGCUGUAGCUUGUUGUAGCGCCGCUAAACUGCUGACCUCGGGUCCUGGACUAUGUCACUUUAUCCUAGUUGUAGAAGUCCUGCAAACAUUGUGUUUGCUGGUAGUCUGUUGGCAUCUACAGCUUUCGUUGACGAUGAUGUUGACGAAAUAUUUCAUCAACGUCAUCGUCAUUGAAAACAGCACUGCAGAAUAUAUGUUUAGCGUUUGACUGACAAAAUGCUCAUGAAUUUUGCAAGUCUGUACGUCGACCACCACUAACGAUUUCGUCUCGUCAACGUAAACACACAUUCGUCUUAGUCAUCCAAGACUUAUGUUUAGCUCGUCAACGUCACGUCUUUGUCGUGGAAAAAAGGGUCUUUCGUCAACGAAAACAACACUGAUCAACAGUAGCACCAAUGCUAUUUACUUUCACGUUGAUUGGGCCCCAUUUGAUCCUGCCUACCCUACCUUUAAGUCCUGGUACUGUGGAUAAAAUCUGGGAUGUUUAUGUGUCGGCUCAUGGACUGUUUUCUGUUUCAGUUACCAGUAUCCCUCCAUGGACACUGUAGCAGAGAUGAUCCCUGCCGUCCUGCAGUUUUUCAAGUGAGUUUGCAUCAGUAAUAUUUAUAAAACCUAUCCUUCCAUAAACCUCUUUUACACAUGCAACUCUGCCGGAUCCGCUCACAAAUUUCUCAAAGUUGCCUGUUCACACACGCACUUUAUUUAGUAUACACGUCAUGUUUUGGGUUGAAAAGAUUCCUCGAGUACUUUGAUUACAAAAGCGAUCAAGGAAUUUUCUCUGCCUGCAGUACUCGUUAAUAAGCUCAAAUCGUCACUGUUUGGCACAGAUUAUUUUCAAGGUGACACAACGCGCUUACGUCACCACGGUAGAAGGAGGAGUUGGCGCGGUUACUGAUAAUGAAUUUUUGACUUCAGUCUUUUUUAGAGAGGUGUCACCAACUUCACAAAGAAAAUGUCUUUUUUGGUCAUGGAUGGAUUUUCACAACAAUUUUGACAUGUUCUUGAUCCAAAAACUAACCGAUUAAUCAAUAUUGAAAGUUGCAGUUGCCUGUAUUUAUAUUGGUUUAAACUGUGAGGGCACUAUUUUCAUUUUGAUAUUCUAUCAUUGACUUGUUUGUCCUUCCUACAGCUUCCGUACCGUAAUCGGAGUUGGCGUUGGAGCUGGGGCGUUCAUCCUCUCUAAGUUUGCAGUAAGUCUCCUCUUGGCUAAGUGGCCGUACAAUUUAUUUAUUUGAUUUCUGUAUCAUAUCAAGUUGUGUUAUAUUAAGUUCGUAUUGCAUGCUGUGGUAUUGGAUCAUAUCGAGUCAAACUGAGUGGUAUAAUGUUGUAUCAUAUCAUAUUUUGUGGUAUUGCAUCAUAUUGUAUCAGGGCUUUCUGUAUCCAAUCAUCAUAUCCUAAAAAGAAGUGAACCAAUCAUUUUUCUUCCCUGACAUCCAUUCAUAACUUUGUCAUCUUGUCAAACAUGGAUAUUUCUGUUUACAGCAACAGUCUGAGAACAUCUGGUCUUGUCUCUUCGUCUCUCUAGCUUGCAAACCCAGAUUCGGUGGAGGGUCUGGUCUUGGUCAACAUUGACACUAACGCCCGAGGAUGGAUAGACUGGGCCGCUCAGAAGGUACCCGUCCUCUCCUCAUAUCCUCUCUCAUGACUUCAUGUCGUAUUGUAAUCCAGUUAGUGCUGAAGGGAGGUCUCCAUCGUUUUUAAUUACGCUGAAGAUAUGAAAUGAUGUCAGUGUUGCACGGUCUGCAUCCUAAAUGACUAUUGAUUAUGUCUGCCUAUCGUAUUACUCCGUGUAAACGAUGAAUAUUCUGAUUGAUUUCUCCUCCUCUUCACCUCCUUCUCUUUCUCUUUCUCUCUUUAGCUCAGCUCUGUGACUUCCUCCCUUACAGAGCAGAUCCUCUCCCACCUUUUCAGCCAGGUAACGAAACACGUGAUAGUGUAUCUCGGUCAGAGUGUGUUUUGGGUUACAGUCGUCCUAAUGAGUAUCUUACUUGUAGGAGGAGCUGUCAUCAAACACAGAUCUAGUGCAGUCUCAUAGAGAGCUCAUCUCCAAAGCCUCAAAUGUGGUCAACAUAGAGCUCUUCUGGAAGACCUACAACAGGUAAACACACCUGUAGACGUCACAGAAUUAAAAACAUCAAAUUUCCAGACAUGCUGUAAUUUCUUUUUGUUUUCCUCUUCAGUCGCAGAGACUUAAACAUCGACCGCAACAGCACCUUCAAGUAAAUACCCUCGAAAUUUUCAUCUUUAUCUCAUUUUCUUGUGAAAUUUUCCAAAAUUUGAACACCGAUCUGCUAAUCAAAUCUUCUGUCACCCUCAGGUGUCCAGUGAUGUUGGUGGUCGGAGAUCAAGCUCCGUAUGAGGACGCUGCUGUGAGUUUGAAAGGCUCUUUUCUCUUUAUUGUAAUGACGGAAAUCAAAAAGUUUACUCUGCUCGAGUGAAGACAGAUAGAUUUUCACUUGCGAUGGUGUUUGUUUACCAGUAGAGACAGCCAGUGUUGGUCAAAACCCUCAAUUCAAAGUCAAAAACAGAUCCUGGUGUUACUUUUUACACACAUUUGUAGCCAUGAAACGACCCCAAAGUUAUACCUUUUAUAAAAGAUGUUUCAGACUAGUAGUAGAUCCCAUUUAUAGCACUUACCCCCAAUUUCCACCGCACCCAGAACAGCUACGAAAAGGCCGUAUCCGCCGAUGGUAGCUGAUCGUAAUCGUUCAAGUCAAUGUGUCAAUUUUCACUGGCUUCUUUCUAUUCCACUGCGGAUCGUCGGACUCUGCAGCUGAUCGCAAGAGUUCUGUUGUUUUCCAGACGCCGGAGCAUGGAGAAUAAAUUCAGUACAGAUUAACCCGUGCUGGAAAGGAAGUCGGGCACAGACACAAAAUAAAACAUCCGGCUUCUCUUCAAAAUAAAACACAGCAGAUUUGUCUCACAGACGGAUCUGGUAGGAAUUGAUGCAUGGCGUAAAUCGCUGCUGUUCCGGAUGGAGCCGUUCCCGAUGUGAUGGAAAUCCUGGGUUAGCUUUUGUUAUGAUAUAGUGCUGCUUUCAGCUUUUGGUCCCUAGCGUAUCUUUAUAUCCAAAGUAGACAUCGGUAAAUUAGCAAAGCACAAACAGCUGUAAUAUAGCUACUUUCCCAAUAACACCAAAACGUCUCUCUGUUUUCUGGUGUCUUUGUCUUUGGGAAGAGAUAAUAGCUUUGACAGAUCUUCUCAGCCCAAAGACACUUCCUGAGACAAUCUAAAUCAACAAAGUGAAGUGCAAAAGAAGAAGGAGGAUGGCUCCACUUGGCGUCUAGUUGAGGCCAUGCGUCAAAACAAACUGCUUGGAGAGGCUGAAAGAAAACGUCCAUGAAUCUCAUGUUACCAAACUAUGCCAAACUUUGAGGUUCAAUAACUGGUCAAUAUUUUAACAUUAAAUUUGGGUAUUAAAGAGCAGAUCUACUAAAUAAGACUCCUUUAAUGGUCUUACAUGUUUCAGGUGAUUAUGUAGUUGCUCUGUUUGCUAAAGGCUCACUGAUUUCUUUCUGUGACUUGUAGGUGGAGUGCAACAGCAAACUGGACCCAACAACAACCUCAUUCUUAAAGGUAACUCACUGUUUUUGUCCCCUCUUUUACUCAAACCUCUGACCUGCCUGUCUUUAAUGUUUCUCUCUCUAAAGUUUGUGUUCGCUCUUCUUCUGUCCUUCCUUCGUAGAUGGCUGAUGCUGGUGGACUCCCUCAGCUGACCCAGGUCGGACCAAAUCAACAAAAAUAUCAACCAAUUAGCAUCUAAGCUAACUCUGUCUAUUAGCUAAUAUGAAUACAUGAAUUCUUUUUGUGCAGACGUAUAAAACAAAACAUUUAGCAACAAAAGAGAUUUACUGUUCAGAUUUUAACUUUUUCUUGGCUGCCACAUGGGGGCGCCAAACUGCAUUAUUGCUCGGUAACAACACAUUGAGGUAAAACUGACUAAAAAUUUGUUUUCUUUGUUUUUGCAGCCUGCAAAACUGACUGAGGCGUUCAAGUACUUCAUCCAGGGAAUGGGCUACAGUAAGUGAACUCUGCUGGGUAUAAAAAUUUUUGUAAAGAUUUUGCAAAGCUAAAAUAUUGACAUGUUAUGUUGUUUAUGGAUUAUUUUUGAUUGUCUGUUGUCUGCAGUCUUGCUGAAUUUGUGCUUUUGUGCAUCACUUAUCUCAACAAAUCCCGUAAUAAGAUCAAAGCCAGUAUUCAAUAUAUCAAACAAGUACCGUCUGUGUUGUCGGAUCCCAGCCCGGUUUAAUCCUUCUGAGACAAAAGAGCUCCACUGUUGUCCCAAACUACAACAAAACGGUCCUCUGUGGUCACUGGGGUCGCUAAAUUUACUGCCCUGCUGCUCCAGAUACUCUGCAGAGAGUCGUGUGGAGUCCCAAAAUUUGGCAUUUUCUUUACUUUUCGUACUUUUUCCUCAAAAUGUGAAUUUGAAGUACAGCUUGAAUGUGCCAGGAAAAUCCCUCUUUGUGUCCUUUUUUCUCUUUUUUCCAUUUGAACUAUUUAAAAAAACAAUCAAUUUCAAUGAAAAACAACAUAGGACCUGCUUUAAGUGACUUAUUUUGACAGUAAAAAGAAGUGAAAACAAUCGACUGGUGAAAAACAAACAAAGGAAAAUGAGAUAACCGUAUGAGCAAUGAUUUCGUUUAGCCAAUCUUUCCAUCUCUUUCUCUUCACAGUGGCUUCGUCUUGCAUGACCCGCCUGUCCCGCUCCCGCACCACCUCCCUCUCCUCCUCCUACUCCAUGGAUGGGUCCCGCUCUCGCUCCCGCACCCUGUCCCAGGGCUCGCAGGGUGGCCAGAUGCCGCCCAGCCCCUCCCAAACGAUGGAGGUGUCUUGCUGA